GAGCCUGACGCGAGGUCCCGGGGGUUGGCUCGGGGGAGUGGGAGCGGGGUGGGGUGGGUGCUGGGUGCCGGGGCUGCGGGCUCAGCGCGCUCAGAACCAUGCUGAGGUCCCGGCGGCUGUUCCAGCAGCGGCAGCGGCUCCAGCAGCAGCGGCGGCGGCGGCGGCGGCGACAGCGCACGGCUCGGGCGGGGAAGGCGCCCGGCGCCCAUGCCUCCGGCCCCGCGCAGCGGCUGCCCUGACCUGGCCGCGACCUCCCUCCGCGCGCCCCGCCGCCCCGGGCCCCUGGGGUGUUCCCCCACCACGGCCCAACCCCGCCACACCCCCCGCCCCCGGCCUCCGCAGCUCGGCAUGGGCGCGGGGGCGCUCGCCCUGGGCGCCUCCGAGCCCUGCAACCUGUCGUCGGCCGCGCCGUUCCCCGACGGCGCGGCCACGGCGGCGCGGCUGCUGGUGCCGGCGUCGCCGUCCGCCUCGCCGCUGACCCCGACCAGCGAGGGCCCCGCGCCGCUGUCGCAGCAGUGGACGGCGGGCAUAGGCCUGCUGAUGGCGCUCAUCGUGCUGCUCAUCGUGGCGGGAAACGUGCUGGUGAUCGUGGCCAUCGCCAAGACGCCGCGGCUGCAGACGCUCACCAACCUCUUCAUCAUGUCCCUGGCCAGCGCCGACCUCGUCAUGGGGCUGCUGGUGGUGCCGUUCGGGGCCACCAUCGUCAUGCGGGGCCGCUGGGAGUACGGCUCCUUCUUCUGCGAGCUCUGGACCUCGGUGGACGUGCUGUGCGUGACGGCCAGCAUCGAGACCCUGUGUGUCAUCGCCCUGGACCGCUACCUCGCCAUCACGUCGCCCUUCCGCUACCAGAGCCUGCUGACCCGCGCGCGGGCGCGGGCCCUCGUGUGCACCGUGUGGGCCAUCUCGGCCCUGGUGUCCUUCCUGCCCAUUCUCAUGCACUGGUGGCGGGCCGAGGGCGACGAGGCGCGCCGCUGCUACAACGACCCCAAGUGCUGCGAUUUCGUCACCAACCGGGCCUACGCCAUCGCCUCGUCCGUCGUCUCCUUCUACGUGCCCCUGUGCAUCAUGGCCUUCGUGUACCUGCGGGUGUUCCGCGAGGCCCAGAAGCAGGUGAAGAAGAUCGACAGCUGCGAGCGCCGCUUCCUCAGCGGCCCGGCGCGGCCGCCCUCGCCCGCGCCCGCGCCGGGCUCCCCGCGCCCCGCCGCCGCCGCCACCACCCCGCUGGCCAACGGGCGCGUCAGCAAGCGGCGGCCGUCGCGCCUCGUGGCCCUGCGCGAGCAGAAGGCGCUCAAGACGCUGGGCAUCAUCAUGGGCGUGUUCACGCUCUGCUGGCUGCCCUUCUUCCUGGCCAACGUGGUCAAGGCCUUCCACCGCGACCUGGUGCCCGACCGCCUCUUCGUCUUCUUCAACUGGCUGGGCUACGCCAACUCGGCCUUCAACCCCAUCAUCUACUGCCGCAGCCCCGACUUCCGCAAGGCCUUCCAGCGCCUGCUGUGCUGCGCGCGCCGCGCCGCCCGCGGGAGCCACGCGGCCGCCGGAGACCGGCCGCGCGCCUCGGGCUGCCUGCCGCGGGUCCGGCCGCCGCCGUCGCCCGGGGCCGCUUCGGACGACGACGACGACGACGACGUCGGGGCCGCGCCGCCCGCGCGCCUGCUGGAGCCCUGGGCCGGCUGCAACGGCGGGGCGGCGGCGGACAGCGACUCGAGCCUGGACGAGCCGGGCCGCCCCGCGGGCGCCUCGGAAUCCAAGGUGUAGCGCCCGGCGCCUGCUGGCUGCACCCCGCGCGCCCCGGGAGCAAGAACGCCCAGGCGCCCCUGAUGGCUUCCCGGGGGGCGGGAUGGGGGGGGAGGCGGGAAGCGAUCUGUGUUUACUCAAGACCCAGAGCAGGUGAACUCGA